CAAACUUAACUGCUUUCAUUAAUCAAAUAUGAAGUGAUACAAGGAGGAAUCUCAUAAAACAUACAACGUUGAGUCCAAGAAUUGGCCGCCUUAGCUAAGAUGGGGAGUUUCUUGCUUGACUUGGCGAAACCAUAUAUGGAGCAAUUGAUAAAUAAGGUGAUUGCGGAAUCAAGGUAUAUUUGUUGCUUCACAUGCAUUGCUAAGGAUUUCGAAGAAGAAAAAGUUAGAUUAGAAGUAGAAAGGGCAACUUUUGAGCGACACAUUGAAGAGGCAACAAGAGGAGGGGAAGUUAUUCUACCUUAUGCUCGUGCUUGGAAAGAAGAAGUUGAUCAGCUCAUUCAAGAAGAUACCAAAAAAAGACAAAAAUGUUUUUUUGAAUCCUGUCCUAAUUGCUUAUGGAGAUAUAGGAGAGGAAAAUUUCUGGUAAAUAAGAAGGAGCAAAUUAAAAUAUUGAUGGCAAUAAGAAAGGAAUUUACAAUUGGACUCCCUGCUCAUCUUCCUGAUAUUGAACGAUGUACAACCCAACACUAUGUGCAUCUUAAAAGCAGAGAAACUCAAUACACAAAUCUUUUGGUCGAACUCAAAGAUGACAACAAUUAUAUAAUUGGGCUGCAUGGAAUGGGGGGCACAGGUAAAACUACAUUGAUCAAGAAAGUGGGUAAGGAACUUAAGGAAUCAAAACAAUUUACUCUGGUCAUUUUUACGACUGUGUCAUCGUCUCCCAAUAUUAAAAAGAUUCAAGAUGAUAUUGCCAAGCCUUUGGGAUUGAAAUUUGAUAACUGUAAUUAUACAGAUCGACCUGGAAAACUAUGGAACAGAUUAACCAAUGGUGAGAAGAUUCUUCUAAUAUUGGAUGACGUGUGGGACAAAGUCAAUUUUGAAGAAAUUGGAAUUCCGUUUAGUGACAAUCACAAAGGUUGUAGGAUUAUUGUUACCACACGCAGUCGGUUGGUGUGCCACAAUUUAGGGUGCAAUAAGAUAAUUCAACUAGAUCUCAUAUCUAAAGAAGAUGCAUGGAUCAUGUUCAAAAAGUAUGCUGAUCUAAGUGAAACCUCAUCGAACUUUAUUCUUGACAAGGGCCGUAAAAUUGCAAGUGAAUGCAAAAACCUACCUAUUGCAAUUGUUGUUAUCGCUAGUAGUUUGAAGGGCAAACAACAUCGGGAUGAAUGGGACAUGGCCUUAAAAUUCUUGAAAAACAACAUCGAGCACAACGAAGAUGAUGACGUUCUUGAAAUUUAUAAAUGCUUGAAGUUUAGCUAUGAUAAGUUGAAUGAACAGGACAAGAGUCUAUUCCUUUUGUGUUCUGUAUUUCGAGAAGAUGAAGAUAUUCAUACUGAAAGUUUAGCUACACUUGCCAUCAGAGGAGGCCUUUUUGGGGAAGAUUAUGGAAGCUACGAAGAAGCCCGAAGUCGAGUAGUUAGAUCCAAAAACAAACUUCUAGAUUCUUGUUUAUUGAUGGAGGCCGAUCAAUGGAGCGUGAAAAUGCACGACUUCGCUCGUGAUGCAGCCCAAUGGAUAUCAAACAAAGAGAUUCAAACAAGAAAAGUGUAUGGCAAAAAUCAAAAGGCAAUGCUUGAAAGGGAGAAAAAUAUUAAAUAUUUGUUAUGCGAAGGCGAGCCAGAGGAGAUCUUUUCCUGUAAGUUUGGUGGUUCUAAGGUUGAGAUGCUAAUUGUCAUCAUUGAUAUGCCUUUUAAUAGAAAAAUUGAAGUCCCAGAUUCAUUUUUUGAAAAUAAUACCAGCCUUCGAGUAUUUUAUUUAUGCGGUGGUGAUCUUUGGGGUGCUAUUAUAUCAUUACCUCAAUCAAUGCAACAAUUGAAGAAUAUCCGAUCUCUUAUAUUUACACAUUGUGUUUUGGGUGACAUCUCUAUCUUUGGAAAUCUGCAAAGUCUUGAGGAACUUGAUUUGGAUCAUUGUGAAAUUAAUGAAAUGCCUAAUGGAAUUACAAAACUAGAGAAAUUUAGAUUGUUGAAAAUGGAACGGUGUUCAUUUGGUGGGAAUAAUCCAUUUGAAGUGAUUAAAAGAUGCUCAUCACUUCAAGAGUUGGUCGUAAAAAGUUGUACAGGUUUUCAUGGAGAAAUAACUUUCCCUAAAUUGCAGUGGUUUCAUGUAAGUGAUGACUUUUCAACUUGUUCUUCACUGUCAAAGUAUGUGUCUAUGAUAUAUUCGGAUGAGGUUUUCCUAUCUGAAACAACACUUAAAUAUUGUAUGCAAGAAGCAGAGGUUCUUAAACUAAUAAGAAUUGAGGGGGAAUGGAGAAAUAUCAUACCUGAUAUUGUUCAUAUGGAUCACGGUGUGAAUAAUCUUGUUGAACUACAUCUGAGUGAUAUGGAAAAUUUGGAAGAAUUGUGCAAGGGUUCUCUUUCUGCUGACUCUUUUAAGAGUUUAGAGAGUCUAUCUAUACAGAAUUGCAAACAGUUGCGAAGCUUAUCAGGGAUUGCAAACCAACGCAAGAACGUGUUAUUGACGAGAUGUCCCAUGUUGAUCUCCCUAUUUGAAGUGUCAACUUCUCAUAAUCUAGUGUUGUUGGAGACAUUAGAAGUAAUUAAUUGUAAGAAUCUUGAAUACUUAAUAAAAGAUGAAAGCAAAGGGGAAAUAUUUGAAAGCAACAGUAGCAAUCCAAAGUUUAUGAAAUUGAAAGAUCUUAGUAUUAUGGGCUGUCCAAAAUUUGAAAUAAUAUUUCCGCUUACCUCUGCUCAUGAUCUUCCUGCACUGAAAUCUGUCGGGGUGGAAAGAUGUGAUAAGUUGAGAUACAUAUUUGGUCAAUAUGUCGAACUUGGGUCCCUAGAAUAUAAUUGUACAUUGUCUCCUAUUUCUAUAUCUGCUUCCAAGCCAACUCCACACUCAAACCCUAUCAAAUGCAGCAUCUUGUCAUGGACUCAUAUGUAUUGUUGUGGUAAAAAAUUGAGGAGUACCACAAGUACUGAAAUUCCAUCUAUUUAUGAGAAUCAACCGCACACCAAAUUAAUGGAAUCAAAUUCAAAUAGUCUUGGCAUAAACACAUGGCAGCGUGUUCAAUGUCUUUCAAGACAAUCAGAGUUCCUGUGCAAUGUUAGAAAGAUUGUGUUGAAUGAUUUGAGGAAGAUAAAAUCAGUAUUUGUCCUUUCUAUUGCUCCAAAAAUGUUGGAAGUUUUGGAAAUUAGGAGAUGUCAAGAAUUGGAGCACAUAAUAAUAGACACUGGAGAUCAUGAUAGUACUGGUGGAAUUAACUAUGGCAAUGUCUUCCCAAAAUUAAAAAAGCUUGAAGUUGAUGAUUGUGUGGAAUUAAAGUAUAUAUUUGGACACUACCCUAAUGAUCAUCGAAACUACAUUGAAAAUCAUCUUCAUCUUUCGUCAUUGGAAUAUGUCUAUCUUCGUGAGCUGCCAAGCUUAGUUGCCAUUUGCCCCAAACAAUAUCAUACAACAUUGCCAGUUUUGAAUAUACUUGUACUAAAAAAUUGCUCUCAAUAUGAUUCAAGAUCUGUCAAUUGUACAACCAUGGAGGUAUUAUAUUUAUGUCUCAAAUUAUUUUUAUCUUUAACUUACCAAUGUAGUAUUAAUGACUAUUUUUUAUUUUCCAUUUGUUCAUUGCAGGAUUUGCUUGCUUUGAAAAGAGUUGAGUUAACUAACUCCAAAAUAGAAAGUAUAUUUUGUGUGAAUGAAGUAAAUGAGCAACAAGGGAACUUAGGAUUGCAAAAUAUUGAGCUGGAAAGUUUGAAUGUGAUGGUGUGUCCUUUUGUGGGUCCCAGAAAUUAUUUUUUCCUCCAGAAUCUAAAAAAGAUGACAAUUAUGCGAUGUGAAAAAUUGCAAAUUGUUUUCUCUGCUUCUGUUUUGAGUUGCCUACCACAAUUGGAUGCGUUAUAUAUAAACGAAUGUGAGGAGUUGAAACAGAUCAUUGAAGAUCAAAAUAUGUCAAAUUCUUCGUGUUCAACUACAUGCUUCCCAAAGCUAAAAGCACUUUUUGUAGAAAAGUGCAACAAAUUGAAAUAUGUGUUUCCGGUCUCUAUUUGUAACGAACUACCUGAGUUAAAGGUUCUAAUUAUAAAAGAAGCAAAAGAGUUAGAGAAAAUAUUUAAAAGUAGUGAAGGUGAGGGAAUUGAGAAAGUCAGGAUUCCAAAUUUGAAACUUGUAGUAACUUUGGGUUUACAGAGCCUCUUCCAGACACAGGAAAUUCAAUUUCUGAGAGCACAAUAUCGUUUUAUAAAGAAUUGUGAUAAACUCUCUUUGACUUCAACAUUAACAGAGUUCCAUAUCGGGCUCUUCUGGAGUCUUUGUGAAGAUAUUUCAGCAUAUCCUGUAAUUUGGCGGGGAUUGAAUUAUACUUCUAAAUUAAGACAUCCUUUUGAUUUUAAGCAGGAUAUAGAGAUAAGUGGUGAACAAGGAACUACAUCAACCAAUUCCAAGGCAACAACAUUGUCAAUUCCAAUAGUUACUUCUCAGCAUAAUAGUUCAUCCCAGGAAUAUGGUAAUGGCCAAACACCCCUACAAUCUUUUUCAAUUUCAACAAAAGAGCCACUUGCCAUGGAUGUUGUUGAUCAUGGAGGCCCACUGCAAACAAAUCAGAUUAAAAAUCUAGGGGACACUUCUCAAAUAGUAGAAGAUUCAGGUUCUUCUUUACUUGUCAGGAGGGAGCUUGAGCAACUAGUCUCCGAGAAGCAUUUGAAUUAUGAAACCCUAUCUCUGUUGACUGAUUUUUUUGUGAAGCAUCCUUAUGUUCUCUUAAAGGACACUUUAUUGACUAAUAGAUACAAGGGUUAUGCCUACAACUGCCUUGUAGAGUUAUUGAAAUUCCUCCAAACACAUAGUGUGUUGGAUGUCUUAGGUUCAAGUCACUUUGAAUUUGUUGGCUUAAUACAAGAUGUGCGCAAAUUUUCUUUUAACAAGGAUUGGUUGGAUGGUGUUGAAAAACGCGCUUUGUUUCCUCACUUAAAAUUCUCUCAAGAUGCGAUGCAAAAUCUCUUGGAUUCUAAGAAACAGGUUACCAAGGAAGUCGAAGAGAUGCGUUUGAAGUUGUAUUUUGUCAAUCAACAUGCAGAAGAUAUCAAGCAUCAAUUGAGAUCCUCUGAAGCUGUUUUGGCGAGUAUCAUUCAACAAGAGGAACAAGUUUUAGAAACUACGGCUGCUUUAAGUGUUCCUCUUGGCUAUUAGUCUAUAUUUUGUUGUUGAAGCUUUUAUACUUGAAUGAUGUUUAUUCUUUAUGUAAUUUCAUCGUUUCUCAUUUUAGUAUUUUAAAAUUGUUCCUAAUUGUUGUAUUUAAGUUGAUGUAGUAUCUCCCUUUACAUCAAAACUCGGCUCUUACUGAAUAAAUUAUG